CUCACAGAUGCAAGGCUUGAAAUUUAUUUAAUUACUAGUUGGGUCUUAGGUUGACUCUUCCCCUCUGCAGAUCUUUUCUGUGACCUCCUCUCAGGUGUGACACAUUCAGCAGCAGAAGAGGAAUCUGUUCAGUAUGUCUAUCGGGCUGGAGUUGAUAGGCAUCUCCCUGUGCAUUUCGGGAUGGAUUAUUGCCAUUGUGGCGUGCGCCCUUCCCAUGUGGAGGGUGACGGCCUUCAUCGGCAGCAAUAUUGUCACGGCUCAAAUCAUCUGGGAGGGCCUGUGGAUGACUUGCGUGGUCCAAAGCACAGGCCAGAUGCAGUGUAAGGUCUACGAUUCCAUGCUUGCCCUGUCCCAGGACCUCCAAGCUGCCCGCGCCCUUACCGUUAUCUCCAUCCUGUUAGCCAUCUUGGCAGUGCUCAUUGGCAUCGCCGGAGCCAAGUGCACCAACUGCAUUGACGACGAGGCAUCCAAGUCCAAGGUGAUGAUCAUCUCUGGGGUCUUCUUCAUUGUUUCUGGGGUCAUGCAGCUCAUUCCUGUCUCCUGGACGGCCAACACCAUAAUCAGAGACUUCUACAACCCUUUACUUACCGAUGCUCAGCGUAGGGAGCUGGGGGCCGCACUGUACAUCGGCUGGGCAGCUGCUGCCCUCCUGAUUCUUGGUGGUGGACUGCUCUGCUGCUCCUGUCCGCCACGUGAGACAAGAUACAACCCAUCACGAAUGGCUUACUCUGCCCCACGGUCCGCAGGUGGCCCAGGGUUAGAAAGGAAAGACUAUGUCUGAAUGAAGGUAAAAGAGGAAUAGACAUUAUUGAACCACAAACCUGCUCUCCUCACCAAACUGAAGGUGUACUGAGGGAAAGAGCUCAAGGAUACAAGGAGAGUCCGUAAUGAAGGAUGUGUUUGAUUUUGCCUUUAAUGUAAAGUAUCUCUGACUUAGACUCGCUGUUUUUCAGAGACUAAAAAAGCAUGCAAAGGACAUUGGAGUGGAAAUCUCCUUUAAUUAUGUUUAAAAACAAAAAAGCAAAGAAAAUGAUGUUGUUACUGAUCUGUAUUUUUUAAGUUCAACAUGCUAAAUGUUAUUGUCACCAUCAGUAUGCAAUCAUAUACUUUUUUAUGUUUACCACUGAACUUUCAUUUUUAUGAAAAAAAUGCCAUCACUGCUUCUUAUGUCACCGUUAUAAUAAGGCACUGCUGUCUACAAUGUGGAAGAAUUGGAUGUGUUGAAUAGUAAGACAGGGUUAUCAACAAGAUUACGUUUUGUAAAUACUGCUAUAAGAGUAUCAUUAAUCACCUGUAACUGACAAGACAGAUGAGAACUGUAUUCAACGCAGCUUUUAGUGCAGUGUGGUAAGGGGGGGGGGAUGGGCUACUUUGAGUGCUUUACAGUACGCAGAAAAGGAGCACAGCACCCGGGUUCAUCCAUGACGGCAUUAUAUUUGUGUGUUGUAU